CUAUAAUGGAAAAUAUAUUAUUAAUAUAAAGCAAGCGGAUCAUCAUACGCUUUGUUGUCUUUUUUCGUACUGAGCUAAUUAAGAUGAAGAAGAUUGUCGCCUGCAUCUUCAUUCUCUCAACCGUCGAAGGAAUCUUUUCGUCAUUUGUCCAAGACAGCGACGAAUUUGUAGACGAAAUUAUCGAGAAAAUGAUACCAGAUCUAGUAAAUCCUGAAGGAUUAUCUUACUUUCCUUUAAAAGAUUACUGGAUAAAAUCGUCGGUAACUAUAAGAUUUCUCAGUUGUAGGAUGCCAAAUCCUCCCGAACUUAACAGAAAAGACGACUGUUUGAAACCUUAUGUCACUUCCAACCCGGGAGAGUUUAAUAUCGAAUGUGUAAUUACUCUGGACACCGAGCCCAUCGAGUGCCACGGAGUAUUUAGCAUCGAGGAUCAUCAACCUGUCGAUUUUACCAUGGGAUUUUACAUAUACCCAGUUACUUUGUCCAUGAAAAUCGCGGCCAACGAAACACGACUAACGCCUUACCUUUCGAAUUUAUCCAUAAUAGAUAUUAAUAAAUAUUGGUUUGAUAUGAAGGACUUUGAAGAUAAAGGUGGAAGGUUGUUUGAUAGUUUUGUAAUGGAUAAUUUGUCCAAGAAAAUUUUAAAUAAAUUUCGAACCUAUGUGGAUGAUAUCAUUCGAAAAAUGUUAAGUAUAGCCGUGUCUAAUUCUCCUAUUCCUUCGAUUAUUGAUUUGGUCACUCCGUAGCGUAAAGUUUUAAUUCGUAUGUAUGACUAUAUUAAGAAUACAAUGUAUGUUAUUAACUGUAUGAAAUAUAAUAAAAUUUAAUUUUUCUACCGAA